GGCUGGAGAGGCUGUUGCGGCCGGCGGGAGGGACGCGGCGGGGAUCGUGGUGGGAGCAGAAAGGAAAGCAGGCGGCAGCCGGGCUGCGGGGCGGCGGGAGCAGGGAGCGGGGCCUGCGGACUCCAUGGCGCCAGCCGCGUCUGUCUGAGUAGCGGCGGGCGGAUCGGGCCGCGGCUUCUCUUCGCCAUGGGAGACGUGCUGUCCACACACCUGGAUGACGCGCGGCGCCAGCACAUCGCAGAGAAAACCGAGAAGAUCCUGAGAGAGUUCCUCCACUUCUAUGAGGACCAAUAUGGCGUCUCCCUCUUCAACAGCAUGCGUCAUGAGAUCGAGGGCACCGGGCCGCCACAGGCACAGCUGCUCUGGCGCAAGGUGCCCCUGGAUGAACGCAUCAUCUUCUCCGGGAACCUGUUCCAGUACCAGGAAGACAAUAGGAAGUGGAGAAACCGCUUCAGCCUGGUGCCCCACAACUACGGGCUGGUGCUGUACGAGAACAAAGUGGCCUAUGAGCGCCAGAUACCACCCCGAGCCAUCAUCAACAGUGCCGGCUACAAAGUUCUCACCUCUGUUGACCAGUAUCUGGAGCUUGUUGGCAAUUCCCUCCCAGGGACCACUUCGAAAUCAGGCUCCGCCCCCAUCCUUAAGUGCCCUACGCAGUUCCCGCUCAUCCUGUGGCAUCCUUAUGCCCGUCACUAUUACUUCUGCAUGAUGACGGAAGCUGAGCAGGACAAGUGGCAGGCGGUGCUUCAGGAUUGCGUCCGGCACUGCAACAACGGGAUCCCUGAGAACUCAAAGGUGGAGGGCCCUGCAUUCACAGACGCCAUCCGCAUGUACCGCCAGUCGAAGGAGCAGUACGGCACCUGGGAAAUGCUGUGUGGCAACGAGGUGCAGAUCCUAAGCAACCUGGUGAUGGAGGAGCUGGUCCCAGCGCUGAAGGCAGAGCUUGGCCCACGGCUGAAGGGAAAGCCGCAGGAGCGGCAGCGACAGUGGAUCCUGAUCUCGGAUGCUGUGUACCGCCUGGUGUUUGAGCAGGCCAAGGUGCACUUUGAGGAGGUGCUGUCUAAGCUGCAGCUGGCCCGGCCGGCCAUGGAGGCUGUCAUCCGCACUGACAUGGACCAGAUCAUCACCUCCAAGGAGCACCUGGCCAGCAAGAUCCGAGCCUUCAUCCUCCCCAAGGCGGAGGUGUGCGUGAGGAACCACGUCCAGCCCUACAUCCCCUCUAUCCUAGAGGCCCUGAUGGUGCCCACUAGCCAGGGCUUCACUGAGGUGCGGGAUGUCUUCUUCAAAGAAGUCACCGACAUGAAUCUGAAUGUGAUCAACGAGGGGGGCAUUGACAAGCUGGGUGAGUAUAUGGAGAAGCUGUCCCAACUGGCGUACCACCCCCUGAAGAUGCAGAGCUGCUACGAGAAGAUGGAACCACUGCGGCUUGAUGGACUACAGCAGCGCUUUGACGUGUCUAGCACUUCUGUGUUCAAGCAGCGAGCCCAGAUCCACAUGCGAGAGCAAAUGGACAAUGCUGUGUACACCUUUGAAACCCUCCUGCACCAAGAGCUGGGGAAGGGACCCACCAAGGAGGAGCUGUGCAAGUCCAUCCAGCGGAUUCUGGAGCGGGUGCUGAAGAAAUACGACUACGACAGCAGUUCCGUGCGCAAGAGGUUCUUCCGGGAGGCACUGCUGCAGAUCACCAUUCCCUUCCUGCUCAAAAAGCUGGCCCCCACCUGCAAGUCGGAGCUGCCGCGCUUCCAGGAGCUCAUCUUUGAGGACUUCGCCAGGUUCAUCCUGGUGGAGAAUACAUACGAGGAGGUGGUGUUGCAGACGGUCAUGAAAGACAUCCUGCAGGCUGUGAAGGAGGCCGCAGUGCAGCGCAAACACAACCUCUACCGGGAUAGCAUGGUUCUGCAUAACAGUGACCCCAACUUACACCUGCUGGCUGAGGGUGCGCCCAUUGACUGGGGUGAACAGUAUGGUGACAGCGGUGAUGGCAGCGACAGCGGUGGCAGCCCCAGCCCUUCUGAAGCAGCCACCCUCACAGAAAAGCGCAGGCGUGCCAAGCAGGUGGUGUCUGUGGUCCAGGAUGAGGAGUCGGAGCUGCCCUUCGAGGCUAGCUCUGAACCGCCAUCACCUGCAUCCCUGGACAGUGUCACGGAGCUCCGAGGCCUGUUGGCCCAGGAUGUGCAGGCUGAGAGCCCCCCACCAGCCAGCCCUCUUCUCAAUGGGGCCCCUGUGCAGGAGAGCCCCCAGCCCACGGCACUCCCAGAGGCCUCCUCACCGCCAGCCUCGCCGCUCCGGCAUCUCCCACCUGGAAAAGCUGUGGACCUUGAGCCCCCUAAGCCCAGCGAUCAAGAGACGGGGGAGCAGGUCUCCAGCCCUGGUGGCCGUCCCCCCAUCCACACCACCACUGAGGACAGCGCUGGAGUGCAGACGGAGUUCUAGGCAUGGCCUCCAGGCUUCUGUUGGACUCUGCAGCCUCAUCUCUGGGGAGGGGUGCUCCAGCCUGUGCCUUAUGGGGGAGGCAGCUGGGGUGCUGUGGCACCUCCAGGGGUCUGGCCUAGCCAAGUCACUUUAUGGGGUUCAGUGUAUCUGUUACUGCCCCGUUUUCUGUGGGCUAGUCUCCCGUGCUGGGUCUGGUUUUGAGGGUUUCCUCUUUGUGCAAGGGGCUGGGGGUCCCCCUCCAUCCUGCCCUCGUACUGUCACCUGUUUCCCUCAUGGUGGUUCUUGAUGGC